AAUAAUUUCUCCGAUUGUUAAUUAUUUAUAAACUUGAACAUUUCCUUCGUAGCAAAAGCACUUCCAUAUAUAAAAAUGUCUAAAAAUUGGAUUGAAGAAGCUAUUUCAAAAAAAUAUAUUAAAUAUUAUAACUAUAAAGACUUUUUUAACUCUGAAGUAAUUGGCUCUGGAGGCUUCGGAAAGGUUUAUCGAGCAAACUGGAAAAAUUCUCGUAAUAUUUUAGCACUAAAAUCUUUCAGAGACUCCACAAACAAAAACAUCGUUGAAGAGCUUAAAAUCCAGUGCGAGGUACAUUUUCAUGAUAAUAUUAUAAAAUUUUAUGGUAUUACAGAAGUUAAUGAUUAUGGUUCAAAGAAAUACUAUAUGUUGGUGAUGGAAUAUGCCGACAGUGGUACUCUUCAAAAUUAUUUAGAAAAAAAUAUUGCAAAUCUCAAUUGGGAUAAGAAAUUCAAAAUGGCAAACCAAUUAGCUUGUGCCGUAUCAUGCCUACAUGAUAUGAAUAUUACUCAUCGUGAUUUGCGCUCCAGCAACGUGUUAGUCCAUCAAAAUAAUAUCAAAUUGAAGGUCGAUGUCCCCAAACUAUCAAAAAAAUAUGAUGUAAUUCCUUAUAUUGAUCCAACAAAGUUCUUCGCCGAUUUACACUCUCUGGACAAAAAGAGUGAUGUUUAUAGUAUUGGUGUACUCCUAUGGGAAAUAUCAAGUUGUCGAUCACCUUUCAAAGACGUAUCUAAUCAAUAUAGAUUACAGAAUCAGAUUUUGCAAGGUCUUAGAGAAACACCUAUGCCUAGUACACCUAAGGAUUAUGAACAAAUUUAUACUGAUUGUUGGAAACCUGAGCCAGAUGAUCGUCCAACUAUCCAAAAUGUAGUUUCUAGAUUAGAAGAAAUUAUGGUGAAACGUAAUAUAACUACAAAGCAUGUUUGGGCACCUCCUAUUAAUAAUUUAUCACGUAAUAAUUUAUCUCAAGGUUUUAAUAAUAAUAUUUAUAAUAAAAUCAAAGUAGAACCUUUAAAGUCACCGAGUAAAGCACCUCAGGCUAGCUUUUAUAAGCAAAAAUCUAAGAAAGAGAUAGUUGAUGGAAUAGCUGCUCUUGCUGAUAAUAUAUAUGACGAAAAUAAAAAACAGAGAAUUCUUGAUUACAUUAAAGAUCAUCAUACGACAUCAAAAGAAAUUUUUGACUGGCUAUUAAACAAUCAAAAUGGAAUCAACCCUAAUAUUGUACUUGGAGAUUUUCAUUAUCUAGGAAUUGCAACUAUGGUUGAUAAGCGAAAAGCCUUUGAUUACUAUGUACAAGCAGCUCUUGAAGAAAGUAGUAUAGCUCAGUAUACUCUUGGAAUUUUAUGUGAAAAUGAUGAAAAAGAUACGUUUCAAGCAAUGUAUUGGUUUGACAAAUGUGCUAAACAAGGAAACCAAGAUGCUAUAAAUCAUUACUAUAGAUUAAAAUCAUCUAAAAACAAAACCUUUAACCCCGCAAAUUUACAUAGUGUUAUGGGUAAAAUGAACCUAGGGAAUGAAGAGGAACGAAAAGGUUUCAGUUUACAGGACUUUAAAUUACCAUUUGUGUAAAUACUUUAAAUUUAUGAUCUGAGGAGCAGCCUGCAGUAGCUUCGCUUUUUCAAUAAUUAUUAUUCCAUUAUAUUAAAAUUUCCUUCACAUCCUUAAUAAAUUAAUUCAUUUAUUAAAUUAUUUAUUUUAAUGCUUUAGGAUGGUUUUAUAAAUUCAUUUUUACUUCCUUAAAGAAAUUACCGAUGCAUUAAAAACAAUCUAAUAAAUCACAUGACUAUAACUAUAUCAAAAAAUGGUUGACCAUUUUUGAACACUGGUAAUACUAUGGUGUAUCAUGAAUGAAACUAUAUAAAAGGCGAAAAAUUGAAAGAAUUACGUCAAAUACAUGUUAAACAUGCGAUAAUGCAUAUCAUAAUGAAAUAAUGAAGCUUAUGCAACGUAUACAAUUACUGCUGCCAUUAUUUAAAAAUAAAGAAAAAGUUUAAAC